AUCCCUUUCAUAGAUGCAAGUUCCAAUGACGGAAUAAAAAUACCUGACGUCAAAGGAAACAUUGAGUUUUGUGACGUAAAGUUUGCCUAUCCUAGUAGGCCGGACGUAAAGAUCCUGAAGGGCUUAUCUUUCACUGUGCCAAGCGGUAGGACGGUGGCCUUGGUUGGGUCCUCCGGGUGUGGCAAGUCCACGGCAGUCAACCUCAUCCAGAGAUUUUACGAUCCGGAAGAAGGCAGGAUUCUUCUGGACGGCAACGAUCUUAAAAAUGUGAACACGAGAUGGCUUCGCCAGAAUAUAGGUGUAGUGUCCCAAGAGCCAAUACUGUUUGGUUGUAGCAUCAUUGACAACAUACGCUACGGCCGCCUUGACGUCACGUAUGAAGAGAUCAUCCGAGCUGCCAAAGACGCUAAUGCACAUGACUUCAUCAACAGACUGCCAGAUGGUUAUGACACACUGGUCGGUGAGCGAGGAAUUCAACUCUCAGGAGGACAGAAACAGCGCGUAGCCAUUGCAAGAGCGCUGGUCAGAGAUCCCAAGAUCUUGCUUUUAGACGAAGCCACCUCUGCAUUGGAUGCCGAGAGCGAGGCUGUGGUACAAGCAGCUCUGGAUAAGGCAAGGGAAGGGCGCACCACCGUGGUUAUCGCCCACAGGCUGUCCACCAUCCAGUCUGCUGACCAGAUCUGCGUGGUCCAGGAAGGCCAGGUUAUGGAGCAGGGUGGACACAGGGAGCUGAUGAACAAGGAGGGACUCUACUACCAACUGGUCACUCUGCAGAAGCUGACCCGUGGGGAUGAGGAGAGUGAUAAGGAGGAGGAUGGUGGAGAGGAGGGGGGCGUUAAUGAAGGUGAGCGCCCAAGGACGCCGGGAUUGAUGAGGUCUAAGUCGCUUCACAGAAGCCACUCUAAACAGACGCCAGGCGUACUGCGACAAACGUCAGUGAAAAAGAAGAAAACUGUGGAAGAAGAAGCUGAGGAGGAAGAAGUGGUACUCCCGGGUUUCUGCAGAAUUCUACGUCUCAACAAGCCGGAAGCUUGCCACAUCGUGAUGGGCUGUAUUGGUGGGGCACUGGUGGGCGGCGUGAUGCCGGCUUUUGCUUUCUUCUAUGGAGAACUGCUAGCUGUCUACGGGAAACAAGGUGAAGAACUCAUACAACAAGCCACAUUCUGGAGUAUGAUGUUUUUAGCUCUGGGAGGAGUCAGCUUUAUAGGAGUCCUGGUCAACUCCUACUCAUUCGGGGUUUCGGGAGAAAAAUUGACCAAGCGGCUAAGACUUAAGACGUUUGACAACAUAUUACGGCAGGACAUCGCGUGGUUCGAUGACCCUAGGCAGGCGACGGGAGCGUUGACCACGAGACUGGCUACGGACGCCUCCCUGGUCAAAACUGGCACUGGUGUUCGGCUCGGUGUCAUCGUCCAGUCUGCCGUGAGUAUGAUUGGGGGACUGACCAUCGCUUUCAUUUACGGCUGGCAGCUGGCGCUGCUGGUACUGGCGACAGUGCCCGUCAUGGCAGUUGCAGGCGCCCUGAAUAUGAAAGCAAUUAGUGGGAGAGACAAGAAGGACAACGAAGCCCUGGAACAGGCAGGAAAGACUGCCAGCGAGGCCAUAGAAAACAUCCGCACAGUUCAAUCUCUCACGCGGGAACCCACGUUUUAUGAGGGUUAUUGUAAUAAACUGCUUCAGCCGUUCAGAGAAAACCUGAAACAGGCCCAGAUCUAUGGCAUAGCAUAUGGUUUCUCCCAAGGCAUAAUUUUUUUCAUUUAUGCCGGCACCUUCCGAUUUGGCGCCUACCUGGUGGACAUUGAAGUAAUGGACUACUACAACGUUUACAAGUAAGUGGCUUUCUGGAGGAAUCUGAAUUUCAGAUCUUCAGAAAUAGGCGAAUUGUUACUGGUACUGGUGGACUGCAACAAG